CUAUGGUCACCUAGGGAAUGACCACCAGCAUAGCUACUGAAUAUUUUCCAAGGGAAAACGCAUCGGUCACAACUGAAAAACCUCAAACCUCGUGGAACCAUCAGUUUUUCACCGUCCGUUUUACGCGUUUCACCAUAUUUCGCUUGGGUUCGCAGAUGAAGAAUGCAGCAUGGAUGGAUCAGGUAGCAUCAUUAGUGUCCAGAUCGGACUGCUAGUGACUCUAGUGGCCGCCCCAUCGGCCCGCGGCGGCUUUGCCUGCCUCAGCAAUCCUUGUCUGCAUGGAGUCUGUAUGGACGACUUGAACUCCACCUACUUCUGCUACUGCAUCGAUGGGUACACUGGAUUGCAGUGCCAAACUAACUGGAACGACUGCUGGUCGGCACCGUGCCAGAAUGGAGGAAUGUGUGUCGAUGGCAUAGCUGGAUUCAAUUGCACUUGUCCUACUGGAUAUGUGGGCGACUUAUGCGAAGAGGACUUCAACGAAUGCGAGAGUAAUCCUUGUUGGAACAACGGCACUUGCGUGGACGGGCCGAAUGGUUACUUUUGCCAGUGUCUUCCAGGCUACCUAGGCGUUCAUUGCGAAGUGGAUGAAGCAGUUUGCAACAUUACUGGUGAGUCUCGAUGCCAUAACGGAGGCGCAUGCGUGGAAGGACCGGGAGACCGAUUUUCCUGUCGUUGCCAGCAAGGUUGGGAAGGUUUUCUGUGCGACGUCGAGACCAAUGAGUGCAUGUCGUCCCCAUGCCAAAACGGCGCAGUAUGCAUUGAUAUGCAUGCAACUCAUGAAUGUGCCUGCCCCUUUGGCUUUGCCGGCCAAAAUUGCGAAGAAAUAGUAAGAAUGUGCUCGAAAAAUCCUUGCAAAAACGGUGCUUUGUGUCUUCUGGAAGACAAUCUACCAGUGUGCUACUGCGUUCCAGAUUUCCACGGUGAUUUGUGCCAGCUGCAAUACGACGAAUGCCUGCUCGGCCCAAAAUGCUCAAAUGGAGGCACUUGCAUCGAUGGAGUGGACCAAUUUACGUGCUCUUGCCCCCCGAAUUUGACUGGAACCUUUUGCGAGUGUCUCAUGCUGCCCAACAAUCAGCUGGACUGCGCUUAUGUGCUACCGAUGACGACGACAACGUACUACUUUGUAAACGAAACCACGUUUACGUCGACUGAAUUUUUUCCAACCACUUCCGCAGAAACAACAACUAUGGAAUUGGAAGCAUCAUCAACUACGACUGAACAAUUCACUGACUCUACAUUGAUUUCCUCUGAAACGACUGAAGAAGCAACGACUUUGGAAACGACAACAUUUGAAGCAGAAACAUCCUCGAUUCCUACAACGGUAACUGCUCAAUACAGCAGUUCACCGGCAAGUACUGGGGACGAGACCUCGCCUUACUCAACUCAGCUCACUACUAUAGAUUAUUCGAGGGCCCCUACUUCAAGUAGCGUAGAAACUACUACAGACGACGUCCUGAAUCUCGGUUCAACUGAAACCACAAUUGCUGAAACUGGGGAGGCCAGCAGGGCUUUCCCCGAAGAAAUUAUAACAUCCACAACACUGUUUUUCACUGAACAGCCUUCAACAGAACACCAAGGCUCUACAGAAACGACUCCCAGUGACUAUAGCGAAUCUACCCAAGCUACUACAUUAAUUGAUGGUGCUACAACUAUGGGCUUCACCGAGUCAGCAACAACUUCGUCCAGUAUCGAUUGCAGUUUAGCGGAUGAAUCAUGCGAAAACGGCGGCACUUGCAUAUUUGCUUCUGGAAAACACCAGUGCAUGUGUCCAUUUGAUGCCGAAGGCCCUCUAUGUGCCACCAAGCUGGGGAUCAAAAAUGCCGCAUUUAACGGAAACAGCUUCCUCACCCAUCGAUUAUCCGAUGGUCAGAACAUCUCCGUCGAGUUGGAAGCCAAAACUCUUUUCUCCACCGGGCUGAUAUUUGACGUUCACAUGGAUCAGGCCUUCAUGGCUCUUUACGUAGAAAAUGGCUUUCUGAUGUUCAAGUUUUCUUGCGGCUACCAGACCAUGCUGCUCAGUGAGCUUAAGGUUCCCAUCAAUAAUGGAUUUUGGAUCAACGUUAAGGCCUGUCUAGAAUUCGCCAAGGACUUGCAGCAUUGCUAUGCCCAGAUUAAACUGAACGGAACUCUAACCAUGACCGGGAACCAAAUGGCACAGUUGAAUAAAUAUUCCAAAACUGUUGUACGGAUGCACUUGGGAGGCAUUCCUAAUGAGAUUCUACACAAUGGACUGCCCAUGCAAGGAUUCGUCGGCUGCAUGUCCCACCUGAUGAUUUCAGGAAAAUCGAUUCAAAUUCAAAAAGACGCAGAGGAUGGUUUCGGGAUCGCGGAAUGUUCCUCUCUGGGAUGUUUGGCGAAUCCAUGUAAAAACGGAGCUUCUUGCACUGCGGACAAAGAAAACUGGAAAUGCCAUUGCAGAAAUGGCUUUUUAGGACAAACAUGCGACAUUUCGAUCUGCAAUAACAACCCCUGCCUAUUUGGAGGCACUUGCGUGCCCUUCUCCAACAGCGGCUACAUCUGCCUCUGCCCCUACGGAAAACACGGGCAUUUCUGCGAAAACGAUCUUCAAAUAUCGGAACCCUAUUUCUCCUCCACAGUCAAGGGCCUGUCCUCCUAUGUGGCCUACCAGCUGCCCGAGGGAGUUUCCCAGCGAAUGGAGAUCAAAUUUCGAUUCACCCCUACAACGGCCGACCAGAUUUCGCUUCUGCUUUUCAUCGGUCAAGACGGGCAACAUGACGCCUAUUCGGAUCAUUUGGCAGUCAGUUUUGUUCAGGGGUACAUUCUGCUCACUUGGAACAUGGGCUCAGGUCCCCGAAGGAUAUUCACCACUAAACCGGUGGAAACGGGGUCGCGGGACUACUUGGUGCAAGUUGGUUACAAUGAGAGGCAAGCCUGGUUGUUUGUGGAAAACAUGGGCAAUGUUUCGGGAAGAUCCCCUGGACCUUCGACGCAACUGAACACAACGCCUCUGCUAUAUUUUGGUGGACAUGAUGCGUUGAACUUUUCUACCCUGCCUCAUGAUCUUCCCUUGCACUCGGGAUUCUCUGGUUGCAUUUUCGAUGUUGAGGUGAAAAUAGGCAGCAUAGUGCUACCUUUACAAGGCGGUGCUCUUGGAAGGGCCGUUGGUCAAUGCGGUACCACCGAGUGUUACGAACGAAGUUGCCAGAAUAACGGCGCUUGCCUGCAUCAUGGCAGUACUUUCAUGUGCUUGUGCCAGGACAAAUGGCAUGGUCCUUUAUGCUCUUCCAGAGCCAACUCCUGCGAUUCCAAUGUUACAAAGUGUUCACAUCCUUCUCAGUGCGUCCCUUUACUAAUCGGGUAUGAGUGCGACUGUCCGUUGGGGCUAGUGGGGCGGUACUGUGAAAAAGCGGAAAAUAUAAGCGAUGUGAGUUUCACGGGUACCAGAUCGUUUUUGGCCACCCAUCCAUUGGACUUGGACAGUACAAAGUUUAACAUCGAAAUGGAGAUUAGGGCGUUGCAUGACAACGGCCUGGUUCUCUUUAUGGGCCGGAAGGAGGCAAGUUUUAUAUGUCUGAGCAUGCAGAACGGUCUUCUGGAGCUGAAAUUGCGUUCAGCCGUUAGAAGUUCCAAGUUGCUGUUGAAGGGAACCUGGCAUCGGGUGCAGUUUGGGGUGUUUGGCCGGAAAGUCUAUCUCUAUGUGGACCAUGUGAUUAACAUGGGCAUAUUGGAACAUAAUUUUUUGUUAAAUUUGCCACGAAACAACCUUUAUUUGGGUGGACUUCCAGAUAUGUCCCAUCUGCCCACAUCAGCUACUUCCAGUUUUCCUGUGCCUUUCGCGGGAUGCAUGAGACACAUUUCGAUCGAUGAAACGAAGCUGCCCCUGGUCCCAAAAAAUGUGAAAGAUGCUAGAAACGUGAUCGAUUGCGACGGGACUCCUUGUGGAGGUGAAACCUGCCUCAAUGGCGGCACUUGUUGGUUGGAUUUGUUGUCAAGCCCGCACUGUUCUUGCUUGGAACCAUAUUAUGGGGACAAAUGCCAGUAUUUCCCCAAGUGCACCAACCACAGUUGCGCAAAUGGAAAAUGCCAGAAUUCUAUCUGUUCGUGCCAGGUGGGCUUUGAAGGGGGAUUCUGCGAAACGGAAAUCGAGGUAAAGACUCCAUCGUUCGUGGGCAAAAGUUACCUGGCCGUUCGGAAGUUGGGGGAUAAGAAGCGAGACAUCAGACCGAUGGAAAUACGUAAACUGUACCUGAAGUUCGCCAGUGCCAGUAAUCAUGGUCUUUUACUGUGGACGAAGAAGGACAAAAACUAUCUAGGUUUGGGCCUGGAAAAGGGCUUUCUAAAGCUUGUCUACUCAAUGAAGGACGUUCGAGAUUCGGUGGUCAAGUUGGCCCCAUAUAACAGAGUAGCUGAUGGUCUCUGGCACAUUUUGGAUCUGAGCUUUGCUCCGUUUUCGCUCACGAUUGAUGGAAAACGCGCCAGACUCUUUGAAAACCAGCAGAGCGCAAUAAGCAACGCUUCACUGUCCAGUGAUGGGCUAUUUUUCAUUGGGGGCCUUCCCAGUUAUAUGGACAUUACGAAAGAUACUGCGGGAUUGUUUCGUCAAAGUUUCCAGGGCUGCAUAGAAGCGUUUGGCACCAAUAACGAGCCUGUUAUCAAAGACUUUACGCCAUUCGAGGGCGCCAAUAUCAGUAACUGCCAUAUUUUUUAAGACGAAAUUUGCCAAAAACCUCAGUUGUUUAGGUGCACCUAAAUUCUACUAGUCAAUGGUUCACUCAAUCUCACCACAAGUGUUCAACAGCGUGUUAGGAAUAAAACCAAUGGUUUUUACGAAUCCUUCCGGAUUGUUGUUGGUAAAAAACAGAUUGCUCACGAUUUCUAGUGUGAAUAAGUAAUGUUAUUUGUGUCUUAGAAUAAAGCUGUAGGAAACAAAUCCAAUUACCAAUUAGUAUCUAAAUGAAACUAAUUUGGAAAUGUCGGGAAAUGUUUUUGUUGAUUUUUUGCCAAAAACGAACAUUUUUCAGAUUUAUAUUCGACAAUUUCUACAAGGUCGAAUCAAAGCUAUCAUUUCAUCUGUAUUCCGAGUGCGAAAUGUAUUAUAAAAUUGCCGAAGAUGGAAGUUUACCUAGAUAGGCUGUCGAGGUACCAUAUAGAGAUACACAAUCAAGACUACUAUUUUUUCUUCUGGGGAUGGUGAUGGAGGGAUACUCCCUUCUCUCAAUGUUCAGAAUAAACACACUGUUCACGGUCUUAAGAGAUCUUAACAAGAUGACUACUGAAAGUUCGGGACAACUCGACGAGUUUGGAAUAGGGGACAUAAGUGAACCAGAAUAUUCGAGUGUUGCCAAACGGCUAUAUAAACGAACUCCAGUAAGCUACUGGUGAAAGAGCUAUUGAAUCAACGUUAGAUAGUAGUGCGAUAUUGUUGGAUAUAAUUCGGGUUGUGUUUAAUAAAGUGUGUUUACAAACAGA